GGUUCAGGAGGAAGGAAUUUCGUGGCAAACUGGCCAUCGCCAUAACGGCAAACUUUAUCAACAGAAACACCACCGCUGAGGCAAAGGUCGAAGAGAUAAGUGGAGUUGCCUUCAUCUUCAACCAGAAAUUCUUUCAGGAUCUCAAACAGGAAACUGGGAUUGAUCUAGAGAAUAUCGUCUACUACAAAGACAACACGCACUACUUUGUCAUGACGGCUAAGAAGCAGAGCCUGCUGGACAAGCAUGUCAUCAUUCAUGUGAAGUCUGAGAUCAGGCCGAGUCGGUUACUGACGUGGUGUCAGAAGCAGACAGAGGGCUACAGGGGUGUGAAUGUGACUGACCUCACUUCCUGCUGGAUCAGUGGCCUGGCUUUCUGUGCUCUCAUACAUCGCUUCAGACCACAGCUCAUCGAUUAUGACUCUCUGAAUGAGCAAGACUGUGCCAAAAACCUUCAGCUGGCAUUUGAUGUGGCUGAGAAGGAGUUUGGCAUUAAGCCUUUCAUCACAGGGAAAGAGCUGGCGGCAGGUCAGGAGCCGGACAAGACCAGCAUGGGCAACUACCUCUCCAAAUUCUACGAGCUCUUCCGGGGAAUGCCUCUACCUCCGUCAGAUUCAAGGCGAGAUGGUGAUGCAAAUAAUGAAAAAUGUCCAUUGGGUUCUCCCAGACCUGUUUACAAGUCAUUGAGUUUACUUCAGCCUCGUAAACGCAUUCCCAAGAAUGAUAAAAAGGUUGAAGACAAUGAUGCCAUAUACAAGAGAAGACGGAAAAUUAGUUACUUCGAAGAGACAACCAAAUCCUUCAAUCAGAGUUCUUCUGUGUCCAGUGAGGGGCGGGAACUGAAAGAAAACAAGGUCAAGUUUAUGGCCACUCAACUUCUAGCAAAAUUUGAAGACCGCACCGCAAGCUGCUCUGUUCGCAGACAGUCUGACUCUAAUGAUGAGAGGCGUCCAAAACCUCCAUCGCUUGAUAUGACUGAUAGCCCUCUCUUUAACAUUGUCAAGAAGAAAGUCCCACCACCUCCACCCCCUAAAAAUCAGAGGAAAGCCCAGACUCAAAAGGCCAGGGAGUUUCAUAAAAAAAGCAUAAAGGAGAAGGCCGUGCAUUUGAGCGCUCUCUUCUCUGGCGAGGCCUGCUCUCCAGAUCAGGUGACUAUGUUACCGCAUGUGUCAGCUUUCCUCACUCAGUUGCAUGCCCUGCAGUUUUGGCCUGUGAUCACUGAGUGACUGAGCAUCGUUUCAAGCACCUACAGUCUUUGCAGAUAUCAUCACAUACUGAGUAAUUAAU